UCAAUGUGCGGUGGUAGCGUGAUCCGCUCGAGGAGACCAUGGCGAUACCCAGGACGUUCUGACGGGCUAUCAGAAAAAUAGCCCUCGAAAAACGGGUCAACGCCCCAUAUAAACGACACUAGACUUGGACACUGUGAGACAUAAAAAUGGGGUCCCGUAUCAAGGACAACCCUGAGGCCACUUUCGAGGUGUACCUGGAGGUGACCCAUCCUGGAACAACUGGCGCUGAUCCGGAGGUGCGGAGGCGAUUCCCCGAGGACUACAUCGACCAGGAAACUCUUCAGACAGUCCCCAAGUUCUGCUUCCCCUUCAGUGUGGACAGUCUGUCGGUGAGCCAAGUGGGCCAGAACUUCACCUUUGUUCUGACGGACAUCGAGAGCAAGCAGCGCUUCGGCUUCUGCCGCCUCUCCUCGGGGGCCCACAGCUGCUACUGCAUCCUCAGCUAUCUGCCCUGGUUUGAGGUAUUCUACAAGCUGCUCAAUAUCCUCGCUGACUACACAAUCAAAGGCCAGGAGAGUCAGUGGCGAGAGCUCCUGGAGUCACUCCAUACACUCCCCAUCCCUGAUCCUGGAGUGCCAGUCCAUCUUAGCGUGCAUUCCUACUUUACUGUGCCUGACACAAGGGAACUACCCAGCAUACCUGAAAACAGAAACCUAACAGAGUAUUUUGUAGCCGUAGAUGUCAAUAACAUGCUCCAUCUGUACGCUAGUAUGCUUUAUGAGCGUCGAAUCCUCAUCUGCUGUAGCAAACUAAGCACCUUAACGGCUUGUGUUCACGGGUCGGCAGCCAUGAUGUACCCAAUGUAUUGGCAACACGUUUACAUUCCUGUCCUGCCUCAGCACCUCAUAGACUACUGCUGUGCGCCCAUGCCCUACCUCAUUGGAGUACAUUCCAGCCUAAUGGAGAAGGUGAAGGGGAUGGCCCUGGAUGACGUAGUAGUCCUCAACGUAGACACCAACACCCUAGAAACACCCUUUGACGACCUCCAAAGCCUGCCCAACGACGUGGUGUCAUCCUUAAAGAAUCGCCUGAAGAAGGUUUCCACGACGACGGGAGAUGGCGUGGCCCGAGCUUUCCUCAAGACACAGGCCGCUCUCUUCGGCUGCUACAGGAACGCGCUGCAGAUCCAACCGGGAGAGCCAAUAACGUUCAGCGAGGAGGUCUUUGUGACCCACCGCUCCAGUGCCAUGAGACAGUUCCUGCAGAACGCCAUCCAGCUGCAGCUCUUCAAACAGUUCAUCGAUGGCCGCUUGGACCUGCUGAACGCUGGUGAGGGCUUCAGUGAUGUUUUCGAGGAUGAGAUCAACAUGGGAGAGUAUGCAGGCAGCGACAAAAACUACCACCAAUGGCUAUUCACAGUAAAGAAAGGGGGCGGUGCUAUCUUUAACACAGUGAGGACCAAGGCUAAUCCGGCCAUGAAAACAGUCUAUAAGUUUGCUAAAGAUCAUGCCAGGAUGGGGAUAAAGGAAGUCAAGAGCCGACUAAAGCAAAAGGAGCUGGCAGAGAACGGCUACUCCUCGACAGUGGGCACUGGUGGCACAGGAACGGGCACCGGGGAGGAGGGCACCACUGCCGGGUCGCCCACCUCCACAGACGGAAAGGACGGCAGCGCCCGCACCUGGGACGAACGGCGGCCUAUCACUGUGCACUUUGGACAGGUGGGUGAGAGGAACAGGAGGGAUGAAAAGGGGGAGCUGGCAGAGAACGGCUACUCCUCGACAGUGGGCACUGGUGGCACAGGAACGGGCACCGGGGAGGAGGGCACCACUGCCGGGUCGCCCACCUCCACAGACGGAAAGGACGGCAGCGCCCGCACCUGGGACGAACGGCGGCCUAUCACUGUGCACUUUGGACAGUCUCUCGCUGCUCUCUCGCUGCUCUGUGUGGGAUAUGGGAUAUCUCUUUAUCUCUCCUUCCUUUUCUAUCUCUGUCAUUCCCUUUCACUUUCUUUCUCUCUCUGCCUAUGCUUAUCUACCUCCCCCAGUGGUGGCCGUCCCACACGUCACUACACAGUCUUUCUGUCCGAGGACUCAUCAGGCGACGAGCUGCAGCACGAAGACGACUCCAUUGCCAGCUUCCCCGAGAACUUUCUCUUCUCUGCCCCCUUCGAAUGGUCACCCCUGCCGCCUCCUUACCGCUCCCUGAAAGAGGCGGAGGGGGGGGAGGAGCCCAUCAGCGGCCCCUCCUACACAGCCCCGCCCAGCCCAGUGAUGGAGAAGUUUGCUGAUAUCAACCUGCUGGGGAACAUGUUCAGCUGCUUGGACGAGCCUGAGGGACAGCAACUCAGCCUGGCCAAGAGCCUGGAGGACCUCCGCACACCCAAAGACCCCCAGGAGCAGCAGAAAUUAAUCUACCAGCGGAUGGACCUGAGUGGCACCCUUCCAGGCCUCAAGCACUCCAACCCCUACAACAAGAUGUGGAGCAUGCAUGGGCAGGAUGAUAUGGCCAUGUCCGGACGGGUGUCUCCGAAUUGGGACCGACCCCUGUCCGUGCCCCCCCCUGACCUGGAAGAGCUGCGGCCCCCUAGCCGAGAGAGCUUCGGUCCCGGGGUCCUCGAGCGGCCAGAUCUCUUCAUCACCCCCAGCCAAGGGGAGUGCAUCACCAUCCCCCGCCCCCAGGGGAGGAAAACCCCAGAGCCAGGUAAGGUCUUGGGUCCUCCACCAGUGCCCCAGCCCCGGACCAAGCCGGGGGUAGUGGGGGAUGGUGGGACCACUACAGCAGGGGGGCAGGAGUUCCGGCAGGCCCUUGGGAUGGGGGGUGACCUGAUGCUGCAGCCCACCAAGAUGGACUUCAAUGACGGGAGGGAUGUGGACCUGCUCAGCCUCCUGGACCCCCUGAACAACCCGGCCCAGACCACCACCACCACCCCAGCCUUGGCAGGGGAAGGAGCAGACACCCGGUCCAGUGCCGAACCUCCAACCUCCAGGCCUGUUCUCCCGCCACGUCCCUACCCUCAGAGCCUGCCCCCCUUCCACCAACACAUGCCCCUGAACCCCUUCACCCCGCCCCUCGGCUACUCCACCCACAGACACUACUCGCCCACCGUAGCAGGGAAUCCCUUCGGCGGCGGUGCCUACGGGCCUCCCGCCUCCGCCUAUUUCCACGCCUCCCCCCAUGGUCACCCUCCUCACCCUCUUUCUACAAUGCCGGGGCUCUACAGACUGUCCUCCCCCGUGGGGUCUACCCUCCCUCCUGGUAUGGGAUCCAUGCGGUCUGCCUUCCCCAGUCAUGGCGGUCCUCCCCCCACCUCCUCAGGCAGCCACCAUGCUCUCUCUAACCUGUUGGACUCCCCCUCGGUCCCCACCCCUAGCCUUGCCACUAGGGUACUGCCAAAGCCUCCCAACACUGCAGAGGACUCCAACGAGACUCAGGAUCCCUUUGGGGACCUACUGGCCAUGGCUAAGCCGGCCGCUGCACCACCUAAAAAGAAGGUAGAGGGCCUUCGGGGGAAGUGGGAGACUUUUGACUAACCCCCCUUUCCUUACUUUCCACGUGUGGGCGUUGUCUUAUUCACCUCUUCCCUGCACCAGCUUAUGCUGCUGACCAAUGAGUAACAGAGUCUGUGUCAGGCGACCAAUCAAGAGGCUGGGUUCCAAGCUGUCCCCUCUCCCCCGUCUCCCACUCUGCUAAAUGUCGCAGUUCACACCUCACUCUUUCUCUCUCUCCCUCUCUCUCCCCCUCCUCUCUCCGUCUCUCUCUAUGUCUCUAUGUUUCUCUCUCUCCUCUCUCUCGUCCUUCAGUCUGGAAUGGGACUCUCAACCCGGCCUUGCUUCUUUCAGUACGCUGUAUAUGCCAACCAUGCACAGCCCAUGCUAGCGCGCUCUUGCACAGUGUCCCUUGGUGUUAGCUGUGUGUGUUCAAUGCCUUCACUUAGACGUUAGCUUAGCUCAAACUGGAAGGCGUGUGGCCUCUAAAACACAUCUUGACUCUAUCCUGGGACCCGGCACCAAAAGGCCAUCAUGUCUCAGAAACUGUCAGAGCCGUGUCUGUUGCUACGAUGGUAAUGCUAAUCAUUAGAGUAGCUAGUAGUUUGUGGAUUUCCCAGCUUAGCGGUGUUAUAGUCCGAUCUGUGGCACAUCACUAACAUGCAGUCCGUCCACCCUCAAUGUGUUCAGCGGCGUCAUGUUUUUAGAGGAAACUCUCGAAUGAUACAUGAUUUUGUUUGCCUGGACUAACUAAUGGACCGUUGUCAUUGACUGAAGCAAAUCCACCAGAACAUUUUGACUGAACGGAGUUGGUUAUGGACCUUGGUUUACGUUAUGCCGGUUACAGCAAUCUUUCAGGUGAAACUUUUGCUAAUUCAUUUGUCAAACUUUAAGAAGCCAUGAUUGUAAAUUCCUAUGUAGUAGGAGGAGAAUAUAGAACAACCAUGUUGCACCAAUCAUGUUUGCUAUUUAAACUCAUCCCAUGUAUUCCCUUUUCCCCUUGUUGAUUUUGGCCUUAUUCUAAGUGUUAUCAUGUUUUCUGUGUCUGAGGACAGUGAUCAUCUACUACUGAGUCACUGGCUGCUUGCUCAGUGUGCUGCUACUAUGUGUGCAAGAGUGUAAAGUAUGUACUGACAAAAUGGCUACCGUUGUCGGUUGCGUUUGCAACCGAUUGCCAGUGCGCUUCCGUUUGGAUCCGAAAUGACUCAAAUCAGGACCUAGACCAAGAACUAAGACGACACUAGUCUGUGACACUAUAGGACGUUUGUCCCGACAACUGCUACAAGUAAACCCCCACCACCUUGUGGGUAAUCACAUUCAUGGAGUCAUAGGGGCUAACAUUUGGGAGAACUCCUACAUGCUAAUGCUAAAGGCUAGUGGUGUGGUGGAAGAUACAGUAAGGCUGUGGAGCAAAAUCAUGUCAAAUUAUGUCUGUGGAAAAUUGAAUUGGAACACAUCUUGGUCCUUGCUUUGUGUGUAGAGGGAACAAAAUAGAAUGUACAGUGUAUGAUUGAUUAAAGAGAGAUAUCAAGUACUGUGUCGGCUAAUACUAGAAACAUUAAGUAAAGUUUCAUCUUUUGGAGCUCCUCCUCAGAGUUACGCGUUUCUCCUCUCUGGUCACAACAGCUUAUGGAGAAAAGAAUCCAUUGAAUCUCUGGGAUACUUCAUAAAACGGCACUAAUGAGUUAGCAAGAACUUCAGUGACAUUUAAGUCUUUCUUAGUCCAUCCUGAAAUGGUUUGCAAAAUAUUUCCCCCAGUUUUAGACGGUGAUUCACCUAUACUGCAAAAUGCAUCUAUAAUAUGGACCUUUUAAUUGAUUUUGUCAAAAGGUUUUGCAAAAUAAAGCCAAAAUACAGACUUUUCUCUGAAGCGCGGUGUUAGUGACGUUGAUUAGCUAGUCAUACAUUACUCAAGUUAGCGAUAAUUCAUUCACAAAGGAUUAGUAAUAAUUUGUUGUCAAUAUUUACCUGGCUAUAUCUAGACAUCCCUAAGUAUUCAUUGUGUUUAUAAGAAACCUUGAUUUUACCAGAGCCUACAAAAAUAAUACAUGGGAUUUGUAUAUCACUUUUCAAGGAACCCUAUGGUUUGUAUGCACCUUUCUUAGGGGCUGUGGUAACUUCUGAUCGACAAUACAUUUGAAGUGUGGUUUAAGAAUCCGAGCAAUGCAUUAAAUUAAAUCUCACUCUAACAACUUGUCAAGACAGUAGCACAGUAUUUAUUGAAUGAGUGAACAUUCAGUGACAACAGUCUUUGCCUUACCGUCAAGGAUACUCCAUUAUGUUUUAAUCCAUAUCUACGUUGGGCAAAAGUCAUUGGUGUGUCUAUUUAUUGCUGAUGUAGAUGGUGUCCAUACCUCCACAUCCCCUUCCACAUCCCCUGCAUCUCCCCUCCACAUCCCCUCCAUAUCCCCUCCCCUCCACAUCCCCUCCAUAUCCCCUCCACAUCCCCUCCAUUUUUCGUUUUUUCUGUUUCUUUUCCUCGUUUGUAUAUCUCACGAUUAUAAAGAACACAGUCACACAAUCACUGCCUGGCUUCUUUUCAUUCCCUUCUUUAGCUGGUAGUUGUACUGAUUCUCUUCUUUUCUAGCCAUGUUUCUGUCUGUCACUCUCAUUGGAUCUGCAGUGUGAUCUGCUUAUUGACCAACCUAUUCCCUGAAGUCAAAGACUAACUAUUGCCUCUUCUGAAGAUCCUUAGUAGUGUCUUUUGGACCUUGUGUGUUAAUAAAUUGGGUUCGAAGAAAGAUCAAUUGCUUUCUCAUGAUGUUAGUUUACAGGGUUUUUUGGGGGCAGAUUCUGUUGGCAUGUUGACCAUUUAGAUUCAUAUCUUAUGAGCGGAAACACCCAGAUAUAAAGGUAAGGUAUUUCAAAUCGGAACCAACAGUUGUUCCUCAAAGCUAGGCUCAGCUGAACUAGGCUAAUGCUAACUAACUCCAAAAGCUCCAAUAAAUUGACGGGACACUCGAGCAACAGUAUCCAUCGCCUUAUAAUUGAAAGGUGCUGACUCAGUUUUCUCAGUGUUUUUAUUAUAAGAAUCUCCCGCUAUUUUUUUAUAUAUUUUUUUAACACAUACUUACAGUUCAAUAACAACAAGGUUGUGUUUGUGUAGAAUCCUCUAUACAGUGCGGUCUUCAUUGCAUAUUUUGAACUCUUGCUUUUUAUGCAAAACCUUGUAUGAACAGUAUCAACAUAAGAAAUGUCCAGCGUCACUGAAAGUAGAAUGUGAGAACAGUGCAAACUAAUGCAGAUAUCGAACAACCCAGCAAAGAACUACAGUCAAAUCAUUUCUGACAUAAUUUACAACAAUAAGACACAAACGUUUAGAUUUUCCUCAGUAUAUAAAAGAACUAGGAUUAAAGUACAUCAGUGUUUUCUCAGUAUAUAGUUCAUAUUUGUAUCACAUUACUUUUCGCUAAAGAUUUGAUGGAACCCACUCCUCUUAUUCUUCAGUUGGGUCUUGCUGUGACUUGAUGUUUGCAUUAAGAAACAGUGAAGCACUUCACUUUUAAGGAAACAUUUUUUGUACAAUACAGUCAAAGUCCAAGUAUGACAAAAUGUUUGAGAAUGUGACAAGAAGAUAAAGGCAUAGUGACAUUUUGCCUUACUUUCGUUGUUUCCAGUCACAUACUUACAGUACGCCAGCUUUUGGUGAGAGUGACAUCUUCAAAUAAGGACAGGUAAAUAUACUGUACAGCGUCUCAGGCUUUAACACAGAUAUCUGCAUCGUCAGUUUGUUUAAACGUCAUAAAAAAAUAUUCUAAAUCAGAAACUUCUAUCCUGUUGUUUCAUCACUAAUCUAGCUGCUCAGAAAACCGAUUGUCUUAUCCUCCGUUUGUAAACAGAAGUGAGCAUGUUGCACAAAAUGAGCGGAAGAACAUCCUUUGUGCACAUGAACGUGCUUAAUUUCAACUUAAAAUCAAACACAAAAUCAAACACGUUUGAACGACCAAAAAUAUACAAACUAUAGCCUCUUCACACAAAAAGAAAAUCAGUCAUUCAAAUUUGGGAAGGGGUAGGGAUUGUGGAGUCCGACAGAGAGCGAGGUCUCACAAGGAUGAAUUUAUUCUCCAAAAUGCGUGCUCUACCAGUUCUAGAACUGUGUAACCUUGAGUGUGUAGUGGUGCCACAAUUCCACAUAUUGUGACCAUGGAGGAUAAAUUAGUCUUAUGAGCAGAGUUCCUGGGGGGGAAGAGACAGACAUGUCUUCAACAGGCAGUACAUUGUCGCGUAGAUUCUUUGCUAGUGGUGACUAAAGUGGCUUUGUAAAGAAAA